GGUACUUGGAAACAACGUCAUUGAUUUUCCGUUCCUUGAUACCCUUACAUUAUGUUCUGGCCUUGCAUGUACUACAAAUAAAACACACAUUUUCGAGGCCUUUAUUAAUCCCCAUGCAUGAUUACAUUCAGCCUUUAUUUAGUCAUUGAAAACAUGCCUAAAGAAAGUGUCGCUUUCACCACAGGAAAUACUUUAGUCUAUGGGGCCUAUUAAAAGCUGAACGACUCACAGAAUUUAUUACUAGUUCUUAUGGGAGUGUGAUGGUGUUCGUUUACUCAUACUGCAUACGUUGAUGAAACAAAAUUACGAAAAUAUGGAAAAAUGUGAUGUGAUGUUUUAUACCGAUCUCUUCUUUAUUGGGCUUUGGAUGUCAAUUGUGGUGUACUAUUCUGUAACGGAAACUACUUGGAGCAAAGUCUGGGAACGACCACGCAAUACUGAGAUUUAUCGGAAUCCAAUACGGAAACCACUAGAAUUAAGUAUUGCUUGGAUGAAUACGCAGGCCUGGGGUCUCAAUAACACUAUUCAACGACAAAGACUUUCUGUCCAUUGGGCUGCAUGCGUAACUGACGAUUCUUUCAAAUGCUUGAAGACGAAAGAUUGAGAACCGCCCGAAUAAAACAAAUGGUGCUUUUUGAACCCGAAAUCCACAUAUAUGAAAGACGACAUGUUGCCUAUGCAUAGCAACGGCAAAAAUGAUCAGUAACAUUGAUGUAUAGUAUAAUUAAUGUACGAUGAGUUCUUGUUGGAGUAACACAUUAUUUUGUAUUAAAUGAAUGUAUUGAA